ACUAUUUUUUAUUCAUUUGAUCUUCAGUCUCAGGCGGUGAAUUCAAUAUAAUUUUUCUAUUUAUUGAAAUAUUACUGUUGAUGAUUAACCCACGUCUGUUCUACUACUCGUUGAAUCAGCAGCAAGGGAAUCCUUGUCGUUACUGCAAAUAAUCCAAAUGUAAAACUCCAAAAUAUUCUCUCCAACUUGGAGUAAUAAUCGAAAGUAUUGUUCCCUCCAUUGCAAAAUUGUAAUCUGCUAAAGGAAAUCGAAUCAAUCAGCUAUUUGCUCCGCCGCCUGCCGCGUUCUUACAUGGCUUUGCCGCGGCGGCGUCACCAGCCUCACAAGCGCGCUCGAUUUUUAAUACCAGCCAUUUCAGCAGUUUCUGCCGUUCUAGUUCUGCUGUUUUUUUGCUUUUCGUUUCUCGUCCCCUCUCCUACUGACAUUGAUCACUUCCACCACCGUCGACACUAUUCCUCAAUGAAUGAUGGUGAUGGUGAUGGUGAUGGUGUUGGUGUUGGCAAUGGGGUGCCGGUCUUUCGUGUUCCGACGAGUGGCGGAGUAUAUGAUCGUGAUAUUUGGACGUCAAAGAAUGCUCAGUUCUACUAUGGAUGCAGUAAUGCCAGCAGCAAAUUUGCAAAGGCUGAAGAUGUCACACGUCCGAAUCGUUACUUGGCGAUUGCAACCAGUGGAGGUCUAAAUCAACAAAGAACCGGGAUAACUGAUGCUGUUGUUGCUGCUCGCAUCUUGAAUGCUACCCUUAUUGUUCCAAUACUAGACAAGAAGUCUUUCUGGAAGGAUAAUAGCAAUUUUUCGGAGAUCUUUAAUGUUGAUUGGUUUAUAUCAUAUCUUGCAAAAGAUGUUGAAAUCAUAAAAGUGCUCCCACAUAGAAGAGGACGUGUAUGGACUCCAUAUACCAUGAGGGUUCCCAGAAAGUGCAAUGAUAAAUGUUACACCAAUCGUGUAUUACCUGUACUUUUGAAGAAACGUGCUGUCAUGUUGACCAAAUUUGACUACAGACUUGCAAAUAAACUGGAGAUGGAAUUACAGAAGCUUAGGUGCAGAGUCAACUACCAUGCACUGAAGUUCACAGACCCCAUUCUUGAACUGGGUGCAAAGUUAGUUCAGCGAAUGAGGAUGAAUACUAAGCAUUAUAUUGCCCUUCAUCUAAGGUUUGAACCUGAUAUGCUUGCAUUCUCAGGAUGUUAUUAUGGUGGAGGAGACAAGGAGAGGAGGGAACUUGGUAAAAUUCGGAGGAGGUGGAAAACAUUACAUAUCAGUAAUCCAGAUAAGGGGAAGAGGCAGGGAAGAUGCCCUCUUACACCUGAGGAGGUAGGUCUUAUGCUGAGAGCACUUGGUUAUGGCAAAGAUACUCAUAUUUAUGUAGCGUCUGGAGAAGUAUAUGGAGGGGAAGAAACGUUAGCCCCAUUAAAGGCUCUUUUCCCCAACUUCUAUUCAAAAGACACUAUAUCCAGCAAGCAAGAGUUGGAACCUUUUUCUGCAUUUUCCUCUCGUAUGGCUGCACUAGAUUUUAUAGUGUGUGAUGAAAGUGAUGUCUUUGUUACCAAUAACAAUGGUAAUAUGGCAAAAAUAUUAGCAGGGCGGAGGAGAUAUUUUGGACACAAACCUACUAUCCGUCCUAAUGCCAAGAAGUUGUAUCGGCUGUUUUUAAACCGAGAGAACAUGACAUGGGGAGAAUUUGCCUCCAAGGUUCGUACGUUUCAGAGAGGUUUCAUGGGAGAGCCAAAAGAAGUGAGACCAGGCAGGGGCGAGUUUCACGAAAAUCCAUCUUCCUGCAUCUGUGAAGAUUCCGAGGCCAAAGCAAAGAUGGAUUUGGGUCCGUUAAAGCGCGGAAAAGGAUCUAUCACCACAAAGAAAGACACGGAUGUAGCAUCUGAAGAUCAAAAUAUGGACGAUGACCUUGAAUGGUCUGAUCCUGAAGACUAUGAAGAUCCAAGUAAUGAGCAAGUUAAAGUUCCGUAUAAUCAAACAAGUUUGGACUAUGAUGCUUUAAUGACAGAGGAUACCGAGUUGGAUGAAUUGCUUUCAGAUUGAAUGAAAAUGCUUCGCAUGUAUAGAGAUUUUACCCAAUUUUGGCUAUGCUUAAAAGCAAGACAAACUUACUUCUAAGUUAUUUUACCUAACCUGAAAAGUGACUUUUAAGCAAGCCAAACAUGCAAUAUCUGCUAGAAGUUGCUUUUUUUCUUCAAUUUCCAGUAUUUGGAGCUUCCAGGAGAUUGAAACACUGGGCUCAAUUCGAAAAGGCAAUCUUGAUGAAGAUGAAUUUUGUAACUGAGGUUGUUGCUAAAAAAGCAUAGUCAUGAUAUUGUAUUGGAAACUCUUGUGGCCAGUUUGACGACUUAGUAGUCAGAUAGUUUUCUUUAUUAAGGGUCUAUUUACAGAAGGGGAUGUUUCUUGUUAGAGGGUAGAGAACCUUUAUAUGUAGAAUCAAACAGAGGUUUUUUUGAAUGACUUUGUAAAUUAUUUUAUUUGGAACUCAUAAUCAAUCAAGGAUUGAAAUGUUUUCAUUAUUA